AUGGAAAUAUCACUGACUGGUGGCACAGAGGCCAAGUUUGGUAAGAUUUCAGAUGGUCAAAGCCGUCUUUCACACUCAUGUUCUGAGCAGAAAGAAGACAUUUAGGAUUUCACAGGAUGGAAAAAAAAAAAAAAACCCAGCACGACUCUGUCCUUUCAGCAUUCAGGCGUUUGUGAAGGUUCAUGCUCAGCUACGCGGGACAAAAGGCCAAAUCUCUGGCUCUGGACUCCAGUUGUGUGCAUCUGGGGCCCCGGCGGAGCCUGCGAGCACGACUCCCUGCAGGGACCAAAGGCACCCACGCACAGUCAAAUGUCACGGCACAGAGGAAGGCGAGGGAAUGGGAGCCAAAAAAGAGAGGGAGGAGGCGAAGACAAAAACAUGUUUUAUAAUGGUGAAAAUGGGAGAGCGAAGGGCAAGACGCCGUUACACUGAGAGCGACCACGCACAUUCCCCAACGGUCAGCGGAGAAAACACGAGCCACAAUGACUUCAACUCUUCCACUUCCGCUGCAAACCCCCUGAUAGUGUCAGUGUUUGAGAUUUGGAGCCACCCUGUUCUUAUUCCUAAAGCCACAUCAGGAUUAAACAGAGUAAAUGAGGCACAGAAACCCGGUACACAAAAGACCCUGCUCAGGUUCGGGGUCGAUUAA